GCAGAGGGUUGGUGCAGCUGUGUUUGGUGGAAACCAAUUCACAGAACUCCAGAGACACUGUGAAGAACUUACAUCUGUCCAAACUCUCUGAUCAGUAUGAAACCAAAAGAAGCAGGAUGAUCAAGGUGAGCCUGUUGUUCCUGACCAUUGCUGUGGUCUUAGUAUGCGGACAGAGAAGACGCCCUGCAAAAGGAGAGUGGAACUAUCGUGAUGGCUCUGAGAAAGUUAGCAUGCGAGGAGUUGCAAACCUCACAGAAGUCCUUGAUGAUUGGAGAUUUGGCAUCCUAAACAAAGUAAAAGAUCUUCUUCAGAAUGACCAUCAGUCUUUGCUGCCCGAUUACUCCAGGAUUCAACCUCUCGCUGAAGCAUUGGAUGACCUGUACAAGGAGUUCAACGCCCUGAAAGCUCAUCUCGGUGACCUGACUGAGAAGUUUGCACCUCUGGAGACCUUCGUUGAUGAGCUGAAGACAGAGAGAGCCAAUGCAAAUGCAGCACCUACCAACCCAAUGCGCAGAAGGGUCCUCAAAAAGACGACUCCUGUCUCCUAAAUGCCUGAACUUCAGUCGAGCUUGAACUCUCUUUACGGCGAACAACAACGAUAUACAUUCGUUUAGUAGUUGUUUUCUCAAGUUUUUCAGCCUUUUGGCAUUUUGUCACUGCAUGUUGCUGGGAAACAGGUAAUAAACAAUCUGCUAAACAUAGUAAAUGCCCUCCAUCCCAGGCCCCUGUGGUUUGAGAAUCUAAUAGCAGCGACUUUAAAUGUGAGGCUCAUAUCUCGCAUUGCAUAAGCUGUAACCACAUGACAUUGUUUUUUUAAGCAUAUCUUGCAUACUACAAAACAAAAGAAUACAUUUUAAGUACGCCUAAGCUUAAGAGUUGUUCGAUUUAAAGACAAUAUCAUUCAAUUGCUCUAUGGCGAUAUUUUGUAUUUGCAGCUCUCACAAUGAUCAAUGAAUCAUGCAGGUAUAAACAGAUUACGUACAAGCUAAGAACAUUCAGGAACACAAUAAAUUGUUUUUAUAUUGUGAUUUUAUGCUUGUAAUUUGAUAGAGCAUUGAAAAUUAGAUGCUUCACUUUGUCUCGGCUCAUAUUUGGAGUCUCAUGUAAGCUAUAAUAAAAUCAGUCUGUUGCAUUCA